UGGUAAACGUCUGUUAAAAUGGAAGUUAAGCGCAACCCGGGUUUAUAGUCUACUUAAAGUAUAUGUUUACGGUUCAUUAACCUUUAUCAACGUUCACUGUCGGAAUUGAAUCCUGCGAUUUAAACGAUGAAUGUUUUAACAAAUAAGGUUUUGCCCAUUCAGAACACACGGGCGUUGGUCCAGGCCAUAUCGCUGAUUCGCGCACCCCUAUUAAAGCAGCCAAUGCCAAUAGGUUUCUUCUUGACCGACAGACAGUACAGAUCUAUGCCUACGCAUGGAAUUGGUCGAUACAAACAUCUUCUUCCUAAAAUGUUGUCGAAGAAAAAGAGAGAAGUCGUUCAAAUGCAGCAGAUCAGAGCAGCUACGGAUGCAGAGUACGGCGUCUUGAAUGUGGCGGUGUCUGGCUAUGACAUGACCCUUGUGGAACAUUACAGCCAGUACAUCCAUAAUCUCUGCAAUCGCCUUGAUAUCAAAGUGGAUGAAAGCUACGCAAUGCCUACAAAGAGCACAGAGGUCAUGGUUAUGCCAGAGAAAGGGACCAAGAUGUUUGUGGAUGUCGUUCUCAAAACCCAUGAGCGGGUAGUUCAGAUAAGCCAAAUGAAGGCAAUUCUAAUGCCCAUAUUUUUGGAGGUCCUUCUAAAAAACCAGCCGGAGGGAGUUCAGAUCUCCGUAAUGCAGCACACUGAAGCAGAUUACCAGGCCAGGUUUAAAAUGAGACCAGAACUUGAAGCACUGCAGGCACAAUUAUUUUAAUUAAGGCGGUUUAAAAGCUGCCAGUAGGGCAUGAGUGUGUCUUCAUUUUUAUGAUGCAGUUCAUUGUAUACAGAGUGUGGGGGGAAAUGUGUAAUAAUAAAUGUGAGUGGAUGUGGUGCA